GCCAGUGAUCGAAGUCGCCAAGUCGGUGAAGUUGGUAAAGACUGAAAUAAAAUACAUAAAGUUUAAACUUAUUCUUUAACAUGGAUGAAGAAAUGGGAUUUGAUGAAUUUGGAUGGUAUGAUGACGAUGGAGGUCCUGAUUUUCGUCCGCCAAGAGUUGGAGGAGCGUACAGAAAUCGUUAUAACGAUGCUUAUGGAGAUUACAGAGGUGGUUAUGGACCACCAGGUGUGAGAGGUCCCCCAGGCCCACCAUUAGGUUUUGGGUUUUCUCCUAAACCAAUAUUCAUGUUGGGACGAGGAUUUGGUCCUGGUGGACCCCCUCCUGUCAACAGAUUUCGACAUGAAGAUAAGGCCAUCAAAUACCUUAUGCGGUGUGGCGUAGCAAAAGAGACCCUUAAAAAUUUACCAAAAGAGUUCUUGCAGUAUAUUGAGCCACAUUAUUGUGGUAUAUGUGGGCAAAACUUUGAAUCGUUUUCUAUGUCAAGGAUGCACUACAUUUCUAAAAAUCAUACGAAGAAUCAAAAGAGAUGGCUAUCACAGAAACCUGAAAUAGGAUCUAUCAGUAUGCGCAAGGAGAUUCCAUUACGGGCUCGUGAACUUUACUGUGAACUGUGUGACAUCCAGAUCACAUCAAAAGCUCAUGCCGAUUCUCAUUAUUCUGGAAAACCACACAGGGCAAUUGUCGAGGGUCGGAAAAACCCAAAAAAUCCAAUGCUACUUCAACAUGGCAUGCAGAGUCGACUAGAGCAGCUCAUCCGUCGUGAAAAAAAGCAUUUGAAGUCUGUUGCGCCGGAGCCUGCUGCUGUGGAGGAUGCAAAAGAGCCAAAGAGUUUUAAACCUGAACUAUACUGUGAUAUAUGCAAGACUUCAGUCACAUGUACCGAACAAAUGACUAUGCACUUAAAUGGCAAAAGACAUCUCACUAAAGAAAAGCAGCAUAUACUCAAGAUGAUGAAAGGCGAUAUUGCUGAAAAUAAAGAUGGGAAUUCUGGAGAAGCUACAAAAGCCAAUGAAGAUGAACCCAAAGGAGAUGGCGAUGCUGAAAAUUCAGAUGAAGAGGAUAAAGAGAAGGAAGAUUUUGAUUGGGGUAAUGAUGGCGGUGAUUGGGAUGAGCCAACUACUACUACUGAAGGACUACAUGCAGAUGAUACGUACUGAUCGAAUGCGUUUUAAUUUUGUGUUACGCACGAUGAAGCUGGCUUUAGAAAAUUUGCAUGCACUGAUAACAAUAAUACCUAAUUAAUGGCAUUACACACAAUAUCCAUG